AUGUCCAACUACGAAGAAAUCUCUCGCCAGGCUGAGGCCGACCUCAACACUUACCAGGCCAAGACCGGCGCUGCCCGUCCUUCAGCAAACAAUGACGCCGGCGUCGACACCAACGUGGAGAAGAAGUUUGAGUCUGCCAACGUUGCGUACGGGGACGACUUGAGCACAAACAGGGGCUACAACAAGCGUAUCCCUCCUGGUGAAGGAGGAGACCUCGAUGCUCGUGGAAGACAAGCUAGAGGCCAUCUGUACGAAGGCCAAGGAGGUCCCGAAGACAAGAUUGCCGAGUCAUACGCCCAACAGCCCGGCCAAAACGACCGCGACGUCGUCAAUGCCCGCAUGUCCGAGACGCAGGGCCUCAACAGCAACGACAUUCUCACGCAGGGACAGGCCGCGUCGAGGGCAAACGUCGGAAAGAACCCGCCGGGCCCGGGAGGCUCGCAGUACAAGGGCAGCGAUUAUUAUGCGCCUGAGAGCGUGCCGGACAGCAUCUCGGCCGAGGGCUGGGUUGCGCCUGAGAGCGUGACGCAGGCGAGUCGGGAGACGGAGGGGUAUACGUCCAACAUUCACCGGGAUGAGUGA